UGUUCAGUAUAAAAUCACAAAAUAUCUUACACUGCAAUCUUCUACUACUUCUCUUAAAUAAUUUUUUUUUAUCCUAAAAUCUAGGGUUUAGUUUUUUAACAAUGUCUUCUGCAGAUGUUGAAUACCGGUGCUUCGUCGGAGGUCUUGCAUGGGCCACCGACAGCGACGCUCUUGAGAAAGCCUUCUCUUCCUAUGGCGAGAUCAUUGAUUCGAAGAUCAUUAACGAUCGUGAGACUGGAAGGUCAAGAGGAUUUGGAUUUGUGACUUUUGCUGAUGAGAAAUCAAUGAGAGAUGCUAUUGAAGGAAUGAACGGUCAGAACAUGGAUGGACGUAACAUUACUGUUAACGAGGCACAAAACAGAUCCAGUGGUGGAGGAGGUGGUGGUGGUGGGUAUGGUGGUGGUCGUCGUGAAGGUGGAUACAAUAGAAGUAGUGGUGGAGGUGGAGGAUAUGGUGGAGGAGGUGGUGGUGGUUAUGGUGGUGGUGGUAGGGACCGUGGUUAUGGUGAUGACGGUGGUUCCCGUUAUUCUCGUGGUGGUGGUGGUAACUGGAGGGAGUAGUUUUAUGACUUAUGAUUAAUAAUAAUGUUUAGUUGUUAGAUUAGAUGUUGGGAUCUAAUUUAUGUUAACUGUUUUGUUAUGGUUUCUUGUUUCUAGUAUGUGUGCACCUCUGAAUCUGGUUGUUGUGUAUAAACGAUCGAUUGAAAGGAUAAUUGGAAGUAACAAAGCUUAGAUCUAAUGAAAAUGACUUUGAUUA